AUUUUUAUAAAAAUAUCUAUCUGUUUUAAUAUAUUUUUUAUUUUAUUUUUUUUUAGAAUAAGAAUAUUUGUAAUAAUAAUAUAUUUUAUUAUAAAUAAUAUAGUUAUUUUUUUAGAGUGGGAAAUUAUCACUUUAAAUUCUAGAAUAGUAAAAAUAUCAAUUUUAUUAGAUUGAAUAUCUUUAUUAUUUAUAAUAUUUGUAUUAUUAAUUUCUUCAGUAGUAAUUUAUUAUAGAAAAAGAUAUAUGAGAUCUGAGUUAAAUUUAAAUCGGUUUAUUAUUUUAGUUUUAUUAUUUGUAUUUUCAAUAAUUUUAUUAAUUAUUAGUCCAAAUAUAAUUAGAAUUUUAUUAGGUUGAGAUGGGUUAGGAUUAGUUUCUUAUUGUUUAGUGAUUUAUUAUCAAAAUAUUAAAUCUUAUAAUGCUGGGAUAUUAACUGCUCUUUCAAAUCGGAUUGGGGAUGUUUUAAUUUUAAUAGUAAUUUCUUGAAUAUUAAAUUAUGGAAGAUGAAAUUAUAUUUUUUAUUUAGAGUUUAUGAAAAAUGAUUAUAGAAUAAUAAUAAUUGGAACAAUAAUUAUUAUGGCUGCAAUAACUAAAAGAGCUCAAAUUCCUUUUAGUUCUUGACUUCCGGCAGCUAUAGCAGCCCCUACCCCAGUAUCAGCAUUAGUUCAUUCAUCUACUUUAGUAACUGCUGGGGUUUAUUUAUUAAUUCGAUUUAAUUUAUUAUUAGAAAAUAUUUAUUUUUUAAAAUUAUUUUUGUUAUUAUCUGGAUUAACUAUAUUUAUAGCUGGAAUUUCAGCUAAUUAUGAAUUUGAUUUAAAAAAGAUUAUUGCUUUAUCUACAUUAAGUCAGCUUGGUUUAAUAAUAAGAAUUUUAAGAAUAGGAAUACCUGAUUUAGCAUUUUUUCAUUUGUUAACUCAUGCUAUAUUUAAGGCUUUAUUAUUUAUAUGUGCGGGGGUAAUUAUUCAUAUAAUAAAUGAUACACAAGAUAUUCGAUUUAUGGGAGGGUUAGUAAAUUAUAUUCCUUAUACUUCUUUAUGUAUAAAUAUUUCAAAUUUAGCUUUAUGUGGGAUUCCUUUUUUAGCGGGGUUUUAUUCAAAGGAUUUAAUUUUAGAAAUAGUUUCUAUAAGAAAUUUAAAUAUAUUUAUUUAUUUAUUAUAUUAUAUUUCUACAGGGAUAACUAUAUAUUAUACAAUUCGAUUAAUUAUAUAUUUAAUAGUGAAUAAUAAUAAUUUAAUUACUGUAUAUAAUUUAUUUGAUGAAGAUUAUAUUAUAUUAAAAAGAAUAUUUGUUUUAUUAUUUAUGAGAGUUGUAAGAGGUUCAUUUUUAAGAUGAAUAAUUUUCCCAAUUCCUAGAAUAAUUUUUAUACCUUUUAUAAUAAAAAUAAUAGUAAUUUAUGUUAGAUUAAUAGGAGGAAUUAUAGGAUACUUAGUUAGAAAUAUAAAUAUUUAUUCUUUAAAUAAAUUUAUAAAGACUUAUGAAUUAAGAAGUUUUUUAGGGAUAAUAUGAUUUAUACCAAGUUUAAGAACUUAUGGGGUAAAUUAUAUAUUUUUAUUAAUGAGUCAAAAUUUAUUAAAGAUUGUUGAUAUAGGAUGAAGUGAAAUAUAUAGAGGACAAGGAAUAUUUAAUAUUAUAAAAAAUUAUUCGAUUUUUUAUAAUUUUUUUCAAAUAAAUAAUUUUAAAAUUUAUUUAUUUAGAUUUAUUAUUUGAAUAAUAAUUUAUUUAUUUAUUAUAUUAAUUU